AUGGAAGUGCCACCGGAAUUAAUUCAGGCAACGACGUCUUUGCUCGCGAUCCAGACAUCGGCGAUACAUGCAGCAGCCGCAAAUGCUUCAUCGGAUACAGCGAGAACGACGGUGCAACCGAGACCACCAUUCUCGUCAAGGAACAGACCACGACAGCAUACACAGAGCGCUACUCGUAAUGAUGCGAAACCGAGUCGAAAUACGCACACUUGUAACGGAUGCGGAGGCUCGCAUGCACGCAAGGAUUGUAAGUUCCGUGACGCAGAAUGUCACAGUUGCAAGAAAAAAGGUCACAUUGCAAAAGUCUGUAAAUCAAAGGAGCAAACUACAAGUCAGAUAGUAGCGACAGAGCAACCAGCUGAAAAAGUAGAUGUAAUACAGCGUCUAAACAGCCUCAAGCAGAAUAAUGCCAUCAAUACGGUCGGACGACAGUUUGUAACGGUACUUAUCGAGGGCCGUAGCCUUCAAAUGGAACUAGACAGCGGAGCAUCAUGUGGAAUUAUUAGUAAAGCUAAAUUGCAAGAGAUCAAACUUCAUCAAACGCUUAAUGAUACAGACCUUCAAUUCGUGAGUUACACGCACCAUCAUCUUAAAUGUAUAGGAUACAUUCCAGUAAAUGUAACGCUGGGGAGCACCAUGAGGAAACUCAAUCUAUAUGUGGUCGACGGUAAUAAUGAUAUACUCUUUGGGAGAGAAUGGAUUUCUCAAUUUGUUCACGAGAUCGAUUUUGAAAAACUAUUUACAACCGCAGAGAAAUUAAAUAGUCUCAUCACUCCUACGGUUCAACCACUGACGGUGGACGAAACUAAACGUCUUAAUACGUUAUUGCAACGAUACGACGAUAUAUUUAGCGAACAACCUGGGAAACUAGUUGGCCCGCCGGUAUUGGUACAUCUUAAACCAGACGUUACACCGAUAUUCGCUCGAGCUCGUGAGAUACCUGUAGCUUUACGUGGAACGUACGCCAAAGAGAUAGACAGCAAGCUCGCCUCAGGUUUCUACAAACGAGUCGAACAUUCUGAAUGGGCUUCGACUAUCCACAUUGUUAUGAAAAAGAAUGGGAAAAUGAGAAUUACGGGCAAUUAUAAGCCAACCUUGAAUCCACGAAUGGUCAUCGAUGAACAUCCAAUCCCGAAGGCCGAGCAUAUUUUUCACCGCAUGAAGGGAUCUACAUUAUUUUGUCACAUAGACAUAACAGAUGCAUAUACACAUCUAGUAAUUGAUGAAGAAUUUAGUCACGCGCUAACAUUGAACACACCUAUGUACGGAUUAAUUAGACCAACGCGUGCUGUUUAUGGCGCAGCGAAUAUCCCGGCAAUAUGGCAGCGGCGGAUGGAAACAGUAUUACAAGAUAUUCCCAAUACUCUCAAUUUUUUCGAUGACAUCUUGGUGUUUGCAGACAAUUUCACGAAUCUCCAGCAAUAA